AUGGCUCAAUUAACCUUACCACUUCGUAUAAUUGCUCAACCAAAAGCAUCAUAUCGUGAAAGAUAUACAUGUGAAAUAGAUCGUCGUCGUAAUCUAUCACAACGUUUUAUUCGUGCUGAAACUAAUCCAGAUAAUUUGGACUAUCCAACAAUAGAAAUACCAAAACAAUGGGAUAGUCACAAGUUAUAUAUUCGUGUAACUUUAGUCACUGUAUGUAGUGAACAAGUACCUGUGACAUACAUACAUCCUUAUCCAAUUGAUACAUCAGAAUUAAAUGUUAUAAAAGACGUAGAAAGAAAUGCACUUUAUUUUCCAACAUCAGAAGAAGAAUUAAAGAGUGGUCGUAAAAGUUUUCGAAUUAUGCGUAGAAAAUUAGCUCAAUAUGAAUUAAGAAAUUAUGGAAAAUUAUGUCCUUUGGAUACAGAUGAAAAAGAUAUUUCAUGUGCAACUAAUCUACAUAAUGCUCGAAGAAUAAUCGAUACUUAUCAAUUAGGAAAAUCGCAAUUACUUUUUUCAAUAGCUGAACUAGUUUCUGAUGAUCUAUCAUUUGAUAUCUAUCACAAAACAUCUGUAUAUUCUAUUAUAAUGACUGCUAAUACAUUAACACAUAUAAAUAAUGACGAAUCAUUUGUUAGAUGUGUACCAACGAAAGGUCACUGGAACGGUGGUGAUGAUAUUUUAAUGAUUAUUCCAAAACUUGAUAAGAGAAAAGCAUGUCAAAUAUAUUUUGAAUGUCCGUCAUCAAAUAAAAAAGAUCUGAUUCCUUUCGAAUUUGUGGAUAUGAAAACAAUUGCAUUCACAACUCCAUCAUGUCCUAUACAAGCAAAUGGAAAUCAAAGUAUAGAAAUUCCUAUAGUUGUUCAUCAAAAUGAUAACGAAAUUGCACGUGUUAAUUUUCUUUAUCAAUCAUAUAAUCAAUGUUCAAAUUGUGAUAUUGAUUCUAUGCUAUUCGAUUAUUUCGAGUCAUCAAAUAGUGAUGAACAAUCUUCAUCAUUAGAUUUGUGUUUUAAUGACGCUGAUGUUUCUUUGUACGCUCAUGACCUGCUUUAUUGUGAUCUAUUAAUCUAA